AUUUUUAUUAUUAUUUUCUCCAUUCCUAGAAAUAUUGCUAGUAGAAACGCAAUCAGAUUUUCGUGGGCAUCUGUAUCAAACAAUAACACUGCUAGUACCAGAUACGCUUUCUUUUUCGGCAACAGUUCUGAUAAGAAUAUUUUGUUCCAGGAAGCAAAAAUUUAUAAAGACAUCAUCAUGGAGGAUUUUCAAGACAGUUAUCAGAAUUUAACCUACAAAACAAUGAUGGGAUUUAAAUUUGUUACUUUAUUCUGUAACAAUGCUAAAUACAUUCUUAAAACAGACGAUGAUAUGUGGAUCAAUCUCAAUUCCUUGAACGAAUAUUUACAGACAAACUCGGAAAAGUUAACCCAUUCUGUUGGAGGCUCUUGUCAUCAAACUGCAGGACCCAUCCGAUCUAAAUCCUCGAAAUGGUAUGCAAGUUUUGAAAGCUAUCCGAGUGCAAAAUAUCCAGGAUAUUGUUCAGGCACGGGCUAUAUUUUAACAACUAAAACAGCACAGCAAGUUUUAGAAAUCUCUAAAAAUGUGCCUUUUUUCCAUUUGGAAGAUGUUUACGUUUCCCUUUGUAUUCGAAAAUUGGGAUACUCAUUGGAAGGUAUUCCAGGUUUUUUUUAUGGUGCAGGUGCGAAAUCAGAUCUGUGUAGAUAUAAAAAGAAAGGUGUGAUAACAUGGCAUAUGGUUCCUCCUGACACCCUCCUAAAAAUAUGGUCUAGAAAUUGCAGAAACUAA